AUGGGCCGUGGUCGUGGCCGACCGCGCAGAUUGGCGGUUACGACUCCUCCGGCGAGUGUACGUGUAUUCUCACCCUCGUCUACCCAUACAUCAGAAACAAGCAACAAAGGAGAGUCCCGUCACACACCCACGAAAGAAAUUGUGGAGCCAAACCCUAAAACACCAUUAGGGACGAUUUCUGAGGAAACAAAAGAGGAUCUAGUAGCGGAUUCGAAAGUGGAAACUGAGGCAGAAGAGAAGAAUCAGCCGUGGGUUGAUGUUAUUAAAGGUAAUCGUUUGCCCUUUUCUAGGAAACAUAUCGAAUAUACUCCCCCUAGGGUUGUGAAUGGGGAGAUAGAAGUAAAUCUAGAGGAAAGUGAUAUUGUGUCAGAAGUCCAAUAUUGGGAGAAUGCUAUAGUCAUAUAUGUGAUAGGAUCGAACUUGUCUAUGAAUGCUGUCAAAACUUUCAUCAACAAUGUUUGGAAUUUUGUCUCUAUGCCAAACAUCUACUACAACGAGGAAGGCUAUUUCCUCAUUUGUUUCAUAUCGAAGGAAGACAAGGAGGUUGUGCUGGACAGAGGCCCAUACACGAUUCAUAGGAAACUGAUGUUCAUUCAUGAAUGGACCCCUGAUUUCACUAUGAAGGAUGAUAUGAUUAAAAUUGUUCCGAUCUGGGUUACAUUCCCACAGCUCCCUCUGGUUUUUUGGGGAGAGAAAUGUAUCGGAAAAGUUGCAAGUGUCAUAGGGAAACCAUUGAUGACGGAUGAAUGCACUGACAAGAAAUUGAGGGUUUCCUAUGUAAGGGUUUUAAUUGAAGUAGAUAUCUCCACAGAGUUGACAGAGAGUAUUAAUAUCCGAGGCCCAAAUGGAGUUUGCUUUAAACAAAGUGUGGAUUAUGAAUGGAAGCCCCAAUUUUGUAAGAAAUGCAACAAGGUAGGCCAUCAAUGCAAAGAGAAGAAAGAAGCUAUAAAGAAGGUGUGGACUGUUAAAGAAACAACUAAGGAAGGAACAGAAAAUGCAGCUGAGAGUGAGCCUGUCCCAGUCCUACAACCAACUGAGCCUGAGACUGCACCUUGGACAAUUGUUAGGAGUACCAUCAAAGGCAAGGAACCAAUGGCUGACAAACCUCUAGAGGUUAUUAACUGUCAAAAUGGAUUUGAUGUUUUGGGUCUUGAGGAAUAUGGAGAGAUUUCUGCUUACAAGGUCCCAUGGUCAUAG